CAUUUGCCUUCUCUUGCUUUCUCUUUUCAUUCUUUGAAAAGCCUCUUGAAAACUGAAGAAUUAUUCUCCCUUUUUUUUCCCCACAUAGAUCAUCUAAGCUAUGGCCAGGAAGACAGGAAACAAGAGUUUACAAGCAAAACUGGUACUUCUUGGAGACAUGGGAACAGGAAAGACAAGUUUGGUUCUUAGAUUUGUCAAAGGUCAAUUUUCCGAGUACCAGGAAUCAACAAUUGGAGCUGCAUUUUUCACUCAGGUCUUGUCUUUAAACGAAGCCACUGUAAAAUUUGAUAUAUGGGACACAGCAGGGCAAGAACGAUACCAUAGUUUGGCUCCUAUGUACUAUCGAGGUGCUGCUGCAGCCAUUGUUGUGUAUGACAUUACAAGCAUGGAUUCUUUUGUACGAGCAAAAAAAUGGGUUCGAGAAGUGCAAAGACAAGCAAAUUCAAGUUUGACAAUGUUUUUGGUGGCUAACAAAGCUGAUUUGGAGGGUGACAGAAAAGUUAGCAAUGAGGAGGGUGAGGAAUAUGCCAGAGAAAGUGGCUUGUCUUUUCUUGAAACUUCAGCAAAAACAGCACAAAAUGUGAACGAACUCUUCUAUGAAAUAGCUAAGAGAUUGGUAAAAGCUAACCCUUCACGUCAAAGUGGAAUCAAGCUGCAUAGCAGACCUACAGAAAGUAGAAGAAGAUACUUUUGCUGUGCUUAAUGGCAUGUUCAUAACUCUUUUUCUCCGGGAAGUAUCGUUAUUUAUAAUGUCAUGUCUAAUUGUACUCAAAUAUAGUUCACUACACUGUGUCCAUUGUUGAUGUCAAUGUAAUUGCUCAAACAAGAAGAACAAAGACAUGUUCAGUGUACAUUGUAAGAUCCAAAGUUGUCCUUUCUUUUUUUUCUGUCCAUUGCUUAGAAAAAAGAUCGCUUUCAUUCAUCAUCAGAGAGAACUUUUAGAUGGUUUUCAUUUGGCUUUUCACAUGUGAAAUCAUACUUUGUCACCUUCAAAAGUCAUUGUUUUUUCAAUUAUUUUGACUUUUUAGAGUUAAUACAUUGUUCUAUACCUUGUGGUA